AUGCCGCCACGUAUGAGGCGUCGUAUCACGACGGCCAAGCGAGAAGAGAUCGAGAAAGAACAGAAACUCCUAGAUAGCACCAUUGUGCGUCCGUUCGAAACGCUCGAAGGACUCCCAAUAUCAUAUAAUCCACCUAAUGGACAGUACGAAGACAUGUUGAAGAAUCCGCUCACCAUUAAGGAUUCUGCUGUUUUGUAUGAGUCACUCAUCAGAUCUCGGAAUACUUAUGUUCAGCAUGCACCUAUGUUCAAAUUAUAUUGGGUGAAACAAACGGCAUAUGCUAAAAAGCUAGCUGACAUGGAGAAAGACAAAGAGACCACCCGCGAGCGGGAAACACGCCGUCGUUUUGCAAAAGCCACCGCCAACUCUCUAGAAUCCAAGACCCGAACACCGGUGUUGAGCACAGACGUGAACGCUCGAGACGUCAUGUCGAAGUUAUGUGAAUCUUCCCUAAGUAUUGGUCCACAUGAGAUGGAGAUCCGGAUCUUUAUUGCGAAGGAUGCGAGAUCGGAGAAAUCCCGGGCAUUUGCAGAAAUUUCAAAGGUUUCAGAAUACCAGGCGCCAUCUCCUGUAAUGAACCCUAUGGCUCCUUUGGGUCCAGGAAUGGCACCUAAUCCAGGAAUGACACCCAUGGCACCACCAGGGUCUAAUGCGCCUCCUGGAUCUAUGGCACCUGUGACUACCCCUGGAGCUCCUAGUGCCCCACAGCCACAUAGCUCUCUGAGUACCACUUCUACUGUACCCAGCCCAGCAACAGGAUCUACAACAGAGCCUACAUCCGGCCCUACAUCUGGGGCUGCAACACAGUCUCUUACAGCGCCAGUUCCUACAUCGACAGCACCAGCACAAGUACCAAAGCCAGUGGAUCAAUCUCCAGUGCCAGCAUUAUCAUCUACAAUUCCAUCCAAACCUGAACCGCUUCUGGCUUCAAGUAAACUGCCUUCGACUGACAAAUCUGGACCAGAGACCCUGGAUAAGCAGUUAGAGAAACCAAAAGCAUCUGCUUCAAACACCAAUAAUGAUCAGGGCAAGGUUCCACCUGCAGCUCCUGCUCACUCACCAGUUCCAGCUGCUUCCAAUGGUCACGCAACAAUGGUAUCUCCUGCCCCUGGUUCUGUUCCUUCAGCUUCACCUGGUGCACCAGGCGUAUCCACUCUGGGUCCAGUUCCUGCUCUGGGUCCAGUUCCUCCUCCAGGUUCAGUUCCUGCUCCAGGUUCAGUUCCUGCUCCAGGUUCAGUUCCUGCUCCAGGUCCCCCGCCUCCGUCCACCAAUUUGCAAUCCAUUGAUAAUCUAAUCAUGAUUUCCAACUUAAAUGCCAUAGCCAAAAUUGAUCUUUCCCUAAACGAUCUUAUGAAAGUGGUUGCUCUGGGAAGCGCAUCUGAGGCUCAGAUUACUCUUUUUAAGAAGUAUAUUGAGAGGGCCAAACAGAUGGGCCCACAGCCUCAUCAUGCCGAUUUAUACUAUAGCAGAAAUCUUCCACUUCCGCCAAACUUUCCUCGGCCCAGAACUUACGUCGAGAGAAGGCCUCCAAAGCCAAAGAUUCCAAACCCUUUGAAGCUUACAGCUUUCCAGGAGAAAUACUUGCAUAAUGCAACAUUGGUAUUUGAGUUCCUCGAAAAUCCAAACGUUCGGUAUGUUAUUCCUAGGGACUCCAUUUGCGAAGUUAUGGAAGCCGAAAAUCCUCCGCAGGAUGAGGAGGACGAUGUUGAAUUUAAAGAUAUACUUUUGAGCCAUGUGUGGAUUCACAACAUCGAUGAGUACGAGGAAUAUGAAAGAAAGUUGGCAGAAUACAAUGCAGAGGUCAGGAAAAAGGAGGAGGAAGAGGCAAGAAAAAAUAAAGAAAAGGAGGAUGCAGAAAAGAAUGGUUCCGCUCUGGCUGUUCCUGCUGCCGCAGAAGAACGAAACCUCCGAACAAAGAAGAGGCCUCCUCCACCCAAAAAGAAAAAAGUGGUUGAAAUGCCUGAAGAACCACAAAUUAGGUACACAACGUUUUCUUUUACGCUUCGAAACAUCCCAUUGAGAUUCGUGCCCAUUGUCAUGAACAGUAUGAAGCCUCUUCCUCAAGUUCAGCAACGAAUGGCGCAUAUUCUCAAGAACGGAACUCGAGUGACCAGUUUCUACUUAUGGUAUCAAGUGGAUGCACAUCUUGAUGAAGGAAUUGCCGAGAACCUUAGAAAUGCGACCCUCCAGGAGGAAAAGAGAAUGCAAGGUAUCAUGGCUCAAGGAUCAGGGAUCGAAAUCAAGAAGAGAAAACCAAGAGAGUUCAAGAAUCCAAAGACUAAGCGCUCAAAGGAUGUCACUCCUAGCUACGCACCUGCGUCAAUGAUGCAGCCAGUUAAGCAGGAACUUACUAAUUAG